AUGACCGUUCAAUACGUGUAUGUCAAGGUAGCCGCUUACCAGGGUCUUCAGGGAAAGCAACUCAAGAUAAAGCGUACAGACGUACUUGGCCCAGUGAAGUAUUUCAAUGAGUCCUUUACCUUCUCGAAGAUCAGAGAUCCAUCUGACAUGCACGUGCGCAUCACCCUGAUUCAGCAAAGCUUCUUCGCCUUUAUGUCAAAUAUGGAGAUUGAUAUCACCGCGUGGCCCGCAAUUUGCCCCAACUAA